AUGGCUGUUAUAAGGAUCAAGAAGCCCAGAGAGCCAAAGCAAGAGGAGGCGGCAUUAGAAGACGAGCCCAAAUUAAAGAGAAUCCGCAUAAAGGCUAAGGUCAAUAAUGAUGAGGACGCCACGCCAAAGCCAAAAUUGAAGAUAAGCCUAAAGAAAAAAAGAGACAAUAUUGAAAGUAAAGAGAAGAAAAAUUCGUUGAAGCUCAAACUGAAUUUGAAGAAGAAUGAAGAUGUAGUUAAAAAGGUCCAUAAAACUCCAAAACUACGUCUCAAACCCAUUAGAAUUCCUGGUGAGGCAUACGACUCAGAGRCAUCUGACAUUGAAGAUGACCCCCUGAUAGAGACCGGUAUAGUAUUGAGAAUACUCCCGGAUAUACAAUUAGAGUUCGUAAAAAAUUCGUUGGAAUCCGGUGAUUACUCUGGGAUAAGUAUCAAAUGGAAGAAUGAAAGACAUGCCAUUGUGACUAUCAACGGUGUAAUGUAUGGUGCCAUUGUAGUAGAUUUACCUACAGUGAUAGAAGUGAAUAAGUCUGUCGAUAGAAAGAAUCUUUUGAAGACUUUUGAUGUGUCACAAAUGUUAUUAUGCGUAAGAUCUAUACAAAAUGAAGAAGAGGUGUAUGCUUUAGAAGCACCAGAUACGGAAGACUUAGUGGUUAAGCACUUUGAAGAAAUUGAGGACGAAAUCUCGGAAAACAAAGAAGCCUUUGUGAAAGGAUACAAUGGUGCACCGCUGAGCGAUGCAGAGGCAAAGCAUUUGAAAAAAAUUGCUUUGAAGAACUAUGAUUACAAGCAUGGGAUAUCACCACCUCUAUACAAUGUGCGAAAUAGGCGAUUCAGGCGGAAAAUGGACMCGAAUGAAAUAGACUAUGUAGAGAAAGUGAUUGAUAUGCUCUUGAAGCAAGACAAACAGGCUGAAGAGGUUAGCUACGAUCUGGUCGAUGAGAGUGAACUACAAACAAAGCAAGAGCGCGUUUCCAGUUGGGAGAAUUUCAAAGAGGAGCAUGGAGAGCCUUCAGUCGGACCCAAGAAGAAAGAAGAAAUACCUACAAUCACACCAGUAGCCGCUGAACAGCAAGAGGAAGGGGAAGAGGAAGAGGACGAGGACCUUGACUUGGGAGCUGCCUUUGAAAGUGAAGAAGAAGAAGAAGAAGGAAAUGUCGCUGACAGAAACAAGAGACAGCAACAGGAAGAAGUCGGUGAUGAGGUUGAUCAAGACACAGAAGGUGAAGACGAUGAAGAUGAGGAGGAUGAAGAGGAAGAAGAUGAAGGCGACAAUGAAGUAGCAGGAGGAGAGAGCGAAUCUGAAGAAGAAAAAGAUGAAAACAGACAGCACACGGAACUUCUUGUUGACGAAUUGAACGAACUAGAGACCACACUGGCCCACACAAGACACAAGCUGGGCAAGGCCACGAAUCCUCUCUUGAAAAGCAGGUUUAUCGACAGCAUCAAGAAGCUUGAGAAGGAAGCAGAAUUGAAACGCAAGCAACUGCAACAAACCGAAGAGUCUUCCCAGAAGCAGCAUCAACAACCUCCUGACACAGAAGUCCCACACAACGAAGAAGAAGACGAGGAUGAGGACGAGGACGAAGAAGAAGAAGACGAGGCAGAAGAAGAAGAAGAUGAAGAGGAUGAGAACGAAGAAGAGGAUGAGAACGACGAAGGGGAACACACGCAAGAGGGCAAGAUUACCGGCGAUGCCGGUGAGGCUCCAGCAGAAGAAACACACGAGCUUGACCAAAAUGACCUCGACAUGAUGAUGCUGUUCGGUGCGGAGGGCGAUGAGUAA